CCCUGUCGUGUUCGCGCCACACGAGGCGUAAUCCUCGUAACACAGGCUCAAGACGGAGGACUGGGCAGCUUCCACUCCUUUUUCCACGCACUGCCAUCUAGCGGCUGUCGUGUCCUUUACCCUUUGAACCCUUAACGCGCACACUGCGCAUCUUCUGUCCACCCUCUACCGGCCACUUCACCCCUUCCCUUCUUGCAGCGUCCAGCAGUGACGCCCUGAGGACCCAACUCCGCCCACUCGACUGCGAACCAGCAGAUUGUCGGAAUUUGCGACGAGCCAGCUGUCUGCUCGAUAGCCCUACGACAUCAUGGCGGGCACACAGCGCUAUCUGCGCUACAUCGUCUUCGCUGCAUUCUGUCUGGUCCUGCUCUACUUUAUCGGCUCUUCGUCGUCUGUACCCGUUGCGAGCUGGCCUGGCCACGAAGCCGAAAAGGACACCUCCGUGCCUGACACUCCCCACGCCGUUAUCCCCGGUAUUCCCAGCACUCCCGUGUCGCAAAGCCACGACCAGCUCCAGUCCAAGCCCUCGACCACGCCCAACGACAAGGAACUGCCGCCCGCGACAGCAUCCGGAGACCGCAUGAACGCGACCUUUGUCACCCUCGCCCGCAACCAGGACAUCUGGGAGAUUGCAAAGUCGAUUCGCCAUGUCGAGGACCGCUUCAACCGCAAGUUCAACUACGACUGGGUAUUCCUCAACGACGACGACUUCAAUGACGAGUUCAAGAAAGUCACGUCUGCGCUGGUGUCUGGAAAGACAAAAUACGGCAAGAUCCCCAAGGAGCACUGGUCGUACCCCGAGUGGAUUGACCAGAACAAAGCUGCCAAGGUCCGCGAGGACAUGAAGCAGAAGAAGAUCAUCUACGGCGAUUCCGUCAGCUACAGGCACAUGUGCCGCUACGAGUCUGGCUUCUUCUUCCGCCACCCGUUGAUGCUCGACUACGAGUGGUACUGGCGCGUGGAGCCCAGCAUCGACCUCUACUGCGACAUCAAUUACGACACGUUCAAGUUCAUGGCCGACAACAAGAAAAAGUACAGCUUCGUCCUCAGUCUGUACGAAUACGUCGAGACGAUCCCCACGCUCUGGGACGCAGCCAAGAACUUCACCAAGCACUACCCCCAGCACAUUGCCAAGGACAACUCGAUGAAGUUCCUCAGCGACGACAACGGCGAGACGUACACCAACUGUCACUUCUGGUCCAACUUCGAAAUCGGCAACCUCAACUGGCUCCGCUCAGACGCCUACAUCGACUUCUUCACCUCCCUCGACCACGCGGGCGGUUUCUUCUACGAGCGCUGGGGCGACGCCCCCGUCCACUCCAUCGCCGCGGGCCUGAUGCUGGCCAAGGACGAAAUCCACUUCUUCAACGACAUCGCCUACUACCACGUUCCCUUCACGCACUGCCCCACCGGCGAGCAGUACCGCCUCGACCACAAGUGCCACUGCAACCCCAAGGACAACUUUGACUGGAACGGCUACAGCUGUACAUCCCGCUUCUACGAAAUGAACGGCAUGCAGAAACCAGUCGGAUUCGAGAAGGAGCAAUAGAUGGACUGACCAACGAACAUUUUUCGGGAUGGAGUUGUGUUGGCCGGCGCAGGGGUUCGACGAGACUGCACUGCGCAGAGGAAAGCAAAAAUUCUUAUCCACGCCUUGGUUUUGGGGCUUUUUGUUGGGUCGGGUCAGGUCUCACCGGCUUGACUCGACUCGAUUCGACUCGAUUCGGCGUUAUCUGGGCUUGAUGGAUUCGGGGGAUGGUAUGGCAUGGUAUGAUAUGGUAUGGUAUGGAAAGAACAUGUGGUUUUGUAGCCAUUGUUAAAUCCGCGUUGUAUGUUUAAUACUUACAACGCACGUUGAAUAAACACGUAGAAGAUAUAAGUUUUGCCUGUUUCAAGGUACGCACGUGCAUGUACAUGACGAAAUGGGUGAAUGGGAGGAUAGAUGGAA